AUGCGUUUCUCGGUUCUUACCCUCGCUCUGGCGGCUGGGCCCAUUGCGGUCUCUGCUGCUGCCGGAAAGCUCGGAUUCGCCCUGGGCGUCAAGAACGCUGACGGAACCUGCAAGAAGCAGGCCGACUUCGAGAAGGAUUUCGACGUCCUCUCCGCCCACACCAACAUUGUUCGAACAUACGCUGCUGCCGACUGUGAUAACACCCUCUACAUCGUCCCAGCCGCCAAGAAGAAGAGCUUCAAGCUCGUUCUCGGAAUCUGGCCCGAUGUCCCAGAGUCCUUCGAGGCAGACAAGAAGGCCCUCUUGAAGGCCGUCCCCGGCAACGAGGAUGUCAUCACUGCCAUCACCGUCGGCUCCGAGUCCCUCUACCGUGGCAACUUCACCGGCCCAGAGCUCCUGACCAAGAUCCAGGAGGUCCAGAAACUUUUCCCCAAGGUCAAGGUCGGAACUGCUGACAGCUGGAACAAAUACGCCGAUGGCACCGCUGAUGCCCUCAUCACCGGUGGCGUCAAAUACUUCUUGAUCAACGCCUUUGCUUUCUGGCAGGGCAAGUCUAUCGAUGAGGCCCCCAAGACCUUCCUCGAUGAUAUGUACCAAGCCUCCAAGCACAUCCAGAAACUCGCUGGCCCCAACGCCAAGGACAUCCAGAUUGCCACUGGCGAGACUGGCUGGCCCACCGACAAGGGAACCGACUACGGAGUUGCCAAAGCCGGAACCAAGAACGCCCAAGCAUUCCACGACAACGCCAUCUGUGCCAUGCUCGGCCUUGGAGGUGAUGUCUUCUACUUCGAGGCCUUUGACGAGCCAUGGAAGCCCAAGAGCAUCGGUGAUAACGGCAAGGCCGCCGAUGAGACUCACUGGGGCAUGUACAACGCCGACCGCACCCCCAAGUUUGAAGUUUCCUGCAAGCAGAAGAAGUAG